AAUUAAUGGAGAUCUUCAAAAGAAAGAAAACUAUAGACAGCCCAAUAAGGACACCCCAGGAAGCCUUCGUGGCUAUGGACGAGAAGAUGGACAAGCUCAUGCAGCCAAACGAGAAGAUCCAUGUCUACAACGAUGAUGACCUCAUCCAUUAUCUGCACCAGACCUUCGAUGUCAUGGCUGAGAUCGAACAAGAGAUGAAUGAGCUUGUCAAGAUCACAGACUAUGCCAACUUCAAGGAGAAGUGAGAGGAGUUUGCGACUCUCUGCGACACAAUCAAAACUGUCGUGGACAUAUGCAUUGACAACCUCCAGCAUUUCACAGACUUCAAAAGACUUUCUGAUCUUAAGGAGCAAAGAGAUAAAGGGACCUUUAUUUUUGACAGAUUGUCUAAGUCAAGUCAAGUUAGUGGUGCCACUAAGUUGGUUAAGAUCGAAAAGGAAAUACCAACUGAUGAUUAUGAUCUUAUGCCAAAUCCGAUGGAGUUAAAAAUCAACUCAGAUGAAAUAGAAGAAGCAAGAAGUCAAGGAAUAUUCGAUGAUCUUCUAUUUGAACAAGACAAACUUGAUGAAUUAGAUUGUAAGUUAAUGUUAGAAGAAGAAAAAUACGGGUAUGAAUCUGAUGAUGAAUCAGAUGAACAGGCUUCUUCUGCAAGGGAUUCGACAGUGGAGAAUUUAAACAACCUUGUGCUUAAAAGAAUCGAUGAUAUGAUGCAUAGAGCCAAAUCACGAAACCCUCUAGGCCUCAAACCUCACGAAGAACGUAUUAAAGCUAUAAAAUCAGGUAAAUUCAAAAUCUGCGUGUCAGCAGUAGCUCUUGCUUUCAAGUACAUCUACAAGAUGUUCACGAUAAUUCUGAACACGAUCAGAGACUCAGUACACCACCACAACAAGAAGGCCUUCAUGAAGUUCAUGGUCUAUGCCUCCAAGUUCACCAUCCUUUCUGAAGUUAUAUUCGCAGCAUUUUAUGCAAACCCUAAUGAUCUUAUAUUCAAAAAUAUUGAUCAUCCUGAUUGGACACGCUUCUUCUCAGUCUACGAUUACUAUCAACCCAAAGAUCUCAAAAAGUUUAACAAACAAUACAAAGGAUUUUGUCACUCUCUCGCUCUUGCAAGUGCCUUCAUAUCUAAAGCCGGUCACAACAAAAACUCACUCACAAAAGCCAUUGGCAGAGCCAAGUAUGCAGCUUACUUCUUGAUGUUCAAGAAGAAGAGACUCGAGCAGUUUGAUAUGUUCAUGAGCAAUCCUGACAUUGACUUGUGCCUCAAGGUCUACAACAUGCCUGAGACUGACUUUGUGCAGAAGCUAAACGAAGCCACUUUACCUAAAAUCAAGCUACACAAAGUCAUCUACCUACUCAUGACUGACGAAAUCCUCACACUAGAAAACCUAAAACAUACAAGCAAUGAAUUCCAAGACUACCUAAAACACAUAGACUUAGGAUUGGAACCCAAGAGAGGUUCCAAAAAGAAGUCCACAACAGAAGAAGAGCCAAAACCCUUCCCAAAGACCCCCUCCCUCUACCACCGCCCUCCCAUCUCCGCCUCCCUUCCCCCUUCCUAUCACACAAACCCCAAGCUGCAUGACCCUUACUCCACAGUAAUGGUGAGGGUGCUCUCCCCCUUCGCUUUUCCAGUGGACUGGAAAAGCCAGAAGCUGAAGCAACACGUCAUUGACAAGAAGAAGAAGAAGGAAAGAAAUGAGGAGGGGAAGAAAAUUUAAGAGCGAGAUUUCUAAGUCUUUUUGGACAUGGCUGUGUGGGGCUUGAUGAGGGGGUAAACAGAUUGAAGGACAGAAAGGUCGGGGUUGAGGUGGAGAGGAAAUGCAGGGUUAUAUAGAAAUUGAAGCCAUCAUGAUUCACAUUCAUGGAGGAGGAUUUGUUUCUAUGAGUAGUUCUUCUCAUCAAAAUUAUACCAGAAAAUGGGCCAAUGAAAUUGGAAUCCCAAUCUUUUCUAUUGAUUACCGACUAGCUCCAGAACACCCUUACCCUGCUGGCCUGAAUGAUGUGUGGCAGGCAUAUUAUUGGAUUGUUAACAAUUGUACGAAGUAUUUUGGAAUAAAGCCGAAGAAAAUUCUGGUAUCUGGAGACUCAGCUGGAGGAAAUCUUACCAUUGCUCUUACAAUGUUAGCCAUUGAGAAACACUUUAGGGUGCCUGACUUUAUCGUACCAGUGUAUCCAGCAAUGAACCUAUCAUUAAAGAAUUUUUGUCCAAGUCUAAUCUUGUCUUUAGAUGAUUUUAUUCUCCCAUCUGGUUUCCUCUACUUAUGAGUAGAAGCAUAUGUAAAAGAUGGUGACCCUGAAACUGAUCAUUUCUUAUCUCCAGGAAUCUGUCCUGACAAUAUCCUCCAAAGAUUUCCUCCAACCAGAAUCAUGAGUGCAGGCAAUGACCCACUCAGAGACGAAGCUUACAAGUUUGUCCUCCGGCUACUAGACAAUGGUGUCGAUGUAACAUGCAAAGAGUACAUAAACUUCCCUCACGGAUUCAUCAGUCUGAACAUCCCAGUAGCAGGAAUCAGUGAGUGCAAAGAACCAAUCAACCAGGCUAUAAAGUACUUCAAAGAGUUCAUCUACCAGGACGGAGACCAAGAAGUAUCAACUAUAGACGAAUCUAACGAUGAAGGAGUUCAUCAUUCGUCAUAUAGAAUCAAUCAAUAGCACCCAAAUAUCCUCUCGACAUCUUCCUCAACAUU